CUCCUCACCUUCAUUUCAAGAUCUCAUCUCCCCCUCCCAUUCCCUCUCACUUCCUCCAUGCCUCCGCCGCUCGCCGCCUUUGUCUUCUUCUCAGCUCUCUGCCUCAUUUGCUCAGUCCACUCCCACUUAUGUUCACCUCGCCAUCACUCUCUAUGCCCACCCUUCACUUCACCUCCUUCUUUUCCCUUCUCUUUCUCACCAGCCUGUGGCCACCCCUCUUUCCAACUCAAAUGCUCUUCAAACCACUCCCUAAUCUCCAUUAACAACCUCACCUUCUCCAUCCUCCGCUACGAACCCAACUCCACUUCUCUCCUUCUCUCCCCCCACUUCACCAACUCCACACUCACCCCCAGCAACUGCUCAUACCCUCACUUUCUUUCGAUCCCUACCCGCUCCAUCAAUCUCUCCUCUUCUCCUUUUCGCUUCUCCGACGGCUCCUGUAACCGCCUCUCAGUUCUCGAACCUUGUUCCCCUCCCAAUCUUCCCAAUUGCAGCCAUUGUCCUUGGGAAUGCAAGCUCAUACAGAGCCCGGUUAAGCUGCUCCACGGCUGCGGAUCUAGCCGCAGCUCUGUUUCCAACCAGGGCUGCCAAGGCGAUGUUUUGGGCUAUCUCGACAACUACCUCCAGUUGGGGAUCGAACUCGAAUGGGACCAAGCUCAGGACUCAUACUUCUCAAACUGCAGAGACUGCAAAGCCAACAACGGCAUCUGCGGCUUCAACUCCUCUCACCCAUUGCAUCCCUUCCUCUGCCUCCGCACCAAAUCCCAACUCUCUCCGCCUUGGAUAAACAAUCACAUCCCCAACCGCGUCGCCAUUUUAUGUUCAAUCUUCGCAGUGACAUGUUUCAUGGUUAUAAUUUCUAUCUCUCUGGCCAUAAUCCGGUCCAGAAGACUCCACUCCGCCGCCAAUGAAGAAGACCCCACCACAUUGUUCCUCCAGCGCCACCGCUCCGCCAGCCUCCUCCCGCCGGUGUUCACCUACGAAGAGCUGGAAUCCUCCACCAACAAAUUCGACAGCAAGCGCAAAAUCGGCGACGGCGGGUUCGGCUCAGUCUACUUAGCCCAGCUCCACGACGGCCGCGUCGUCGCCGUAAAGCACCUCCACAAGCCCCACAACUCCAAGGCCUUCUCCAACAAGUGCUUCUGCAACGAAAUCCUAAUCCUCUCGUCAAUUGACCAUCCUAACCUCGUCAAGCUUCACGGCUACUGCAGCGACCCCAGAGGCCUUCUUUUGGUCUACGACUACGUCCCCAACGGCACUCUCGGCGACCAUCUCCACGGCCCGAAGAGCCUCUACCGGAAAGGCUCGAUGACGUGGCAGGUGAGGGUUGAUAUUGCUUUGCAAAUCGCCAUGGUUAUGGAGUACUUGCAUUUCUCGGUGGUGCCUCCGGUGGUGCAUAGAGAUAUAACGUCGUCUAAUAUAUUCGUCGAGAAAGAUAUGAGAAUCAAAGUCGGGGAUUUCGGGCUGUCGAGGCUGUUGGUGUUCCCGGAUACGGGUUCCGGGUACGUGUGGACCGGGCCGCAGGGGACGCCGGGUUAUUUGGACCCGGAUUACCAUAAGUCGUUCCGGUUGACGGACAAGAGUGACGUGUACAGCUUCGGGGUGGUGGUGUUGGAGUUGAUAUCGGGGCAGAAGGCGGUGGACCAGAGAAGGGACAAGAGGGAGUUGGCGCUGGCGGAUAUGAUGGUGUCCAAGAUCCAGAUGGGCCUGCUCCAUGAGGUGGUCGACCCGGUUUUGGUGGUGGACGGGAGUGUGACGGAUGGUGUUGACGCGGCGGCGGAGCUGGCGUUUAGGUGUGUCGCGGCGGAGAAGGAUGACCGUCCAGAUGCGAGGGAGGUGGUGGAGGAGCUGAAAAGGAUUAGGAGCCGUACACGUGGGGUUAGCCGCGCUUCGAGUGUGAUUGGUGACGAAAGGGUGAUUUGACUUGAGGGGUUGAUGGGGAUGUAGUUUGGUUUUGUGUAGGGUUUGGUUGCUUGCACAUGUGCAUGGUUUGACUGAGGAGGAAGGAACAGUGUCUCAAUCAGGAUGGAAAUCAUGGAAGUGUCUGAUGGGUUUCGUCGCAGAGACAGCUGCUUGAGAUUGUGAAUAGAUCUGAUGGGUACUUUCUUUUAAGUUUCCACU